AUGGACGAACAUGCCGAUAGGCAAUUUGAUGGGUACCAAGUAGGUCGAGCAGGAGUAAGCAGACAAGGAGAGGGACAACAACGCAAUCGGCUUGCCGACAUGUCGCAAGCAUCUGUGAGUCACACUCAGAGCAAACAAAGCCUCCCAUCCAGAUUGAGUUUAAGGACCAACAUGCAUGAAGGGUUGGGCCCAUAA